AGUUUGGGAACCACUUUCAUUAUGUCAUAUAUGUGGCCCUGCAUCACAAAACCAGUCUUGUAGCACGGGAACAUUUUUAUUAAAAGACAAUUAUAUAUAAUUGUAUUGUAUAUAUUAAGUAAAGAUUAUGUUUCAUGAAUAUAUUUUUUACAAUUCCUAGCUUAAAUAUAUAAAAACUUUAUUUUUGCAAAUGGAUGGCCGUCCACAGUGCCUCUGAUUAACAACUUCAAAGGCAAUUUUCUCAAUAUUUGGAUUUUUUUGCACUCUCAGAUUCCUGAGUUUUAAACGGUUGUAUCUCAUCCAGAUAUUGUCAUAUUCUAACAACUCGUACAUCAAUAGAAAGCUUAUUUAUUCCGAUUGUGUCCAAAUCUCAAUUUCGAAAAAUUGACCCAUAAGACUGUUUUUGUUUUCCAGGGUCACAUAUACCAAAAUGAUACUGGCAAGUGGCUGUUUCCAAGAAAAUAUCUGUUUUCCACUGAAGUCCACCAUAUUUGGGUUAUGUUCAUAAAACUCGUUUUUUUUACCAUGCUUGUCAUAUAAAAUGUCAGACAGUCAUUGCCCUCACAGCAAAUUUAGAUUCCCUCUCUUUGUUUAAAAGGCUCUUUAUAGGACAGCAAUUUUUCUAUUGCCUCUGCACAUUCACUUUAACAAAUGACUUGAACAAAGUAGGCGUCAGUCACAAGAACACUCCAAUAAUUCACAAAGAUCAUGUACACAAGUGCUCUUAAACUCUUAAGGGUCACGUAUAACUCGUCCAUUCUUAACUUUCUUGACAGAAUCAGUGAAUUAGUUUUUCUGUCAAACUGUUUCUACAGAUCUGUAAUUUAUGUUUUGGUCAAUGUAAAGCUAGUCAUGUCGCCUAUAAUUCCUGCUUCAGCAUCCCUUAUUCAAAUGAACACAACUGUCUCUUACCGCCCCCUCAUUCACCGCCUCUCCAGAAGCGCUUCAGAUAAUUACGACCAAAAGCAACAGGAAUACGUGGUUAAACUGAAGAGGAGAAGCGUUCGGAUUCAUGCCAUGAAAUCUCUCUAAGAGGAGAAAGGAAGCGAAACCUAGAAAAUCUACACCCACCCACAGGCAGGAGACGGGGAGAGCGAGGAAGAAAAAGAGGGAGAGAGAGCAGGGGGUGAAAGAAAGAGACUGGGAUAACAGUCGAUGGAUGCUGCCUGGACGGUCUGGUUGGUACAAUCUUCUGUGACAAGGACCAGAGAGCUGCAGGGAUGGAUGGGAAGGGAAGACACAUUCCUCCAGCCAUGGUGUGGUGUGAGCGGGGAAUUCAGGUGCUUCUCACCACUGUGGGAGCAUUCGCAGCCUUCGCCUUGAUGACCGUGGCCAUUGGCACGGACUACUGGCUGUACGCUCGGGCCUUUAUCUGCAACAGCACUGCCAACUCGUCUCAGGAUGACCCUCAUAACAAGGACAAGAAAGAUCCCGGAGCCCUCACCCACUCCGGCCUCUGGAGGAUUUGCUGUCUGGAAGGAUUAAAAAGAGGUGUGUGUUCCCAGAUUAAUCAUUUUCCAGAAGAUGCUGAUUAUGACCAGGAUGCUGCAGAAUACCUUUUACGUGUAGUCAGGGCCUCCAGUAUAUUUCCUAUCCUCAGUGCCAUAUUAUUGCUGCUAGGUGGAGUUUGUGUGGCAUCUAGUCGGUUCUAUAAAACCAAAAGACACAUCAUUUUGGGAGCAGGGAUUUUGUUUGUGGUGGCAGGCCUGAGCAACAUCAUUGGUGUCAUCGUAUAUAUCUCGGCAGCACUCAGCGACAUUUCUCCAAAAAAAGAUGAAGACAAAAAGUGGCACUACUCCUACGGCUGGUCAUUCUACUUUGGCGGCCUGUCAUUCAUCCUGGCGGAGGUGGUGGGCGUUCUGGCCGUCAACAUUUACAUCGAACGCAACAAAGAACUGCGCUGCCGUUCGCGCACCGACCUCUUCCGCAGCACAACCUCCGCCGUGCUACGGCUGCCGGGAUACCGUUUCCGCCGGCGCUCGUCGCGCUCCAGCUCGCGCUCCACCGCAGAGCCGACCCGCUCGCGUGAGCAGUCCCCCACCUCAGGCAUCGCUCCCAAGAACUUCGGCCCGCCACUGGCUGCCGGCCCCCCGCCGUUUUCAGUAGCCACGCUUCCCAACCCGCACACGCACUCCGGAGGAGGAGGAAUGGGGGAUAUUUCCAUGUACACGCUGGGUAGGGAGGGUAAGCCGCCCAUGUACGGCACGGUCGACCGUGCCACGCUGUACCAGCUACACAAUUACUUUCCAACAAAGGAGGGAGGUGGAGGAGCGCUCAUGACGGGUACACUGCCUUCCCAGUCCAAGUCUAACUUGGCUGCGUCGGCCAACGCCACCCUCAAUACCUCGUCUUCCUCCGGCCCUCAGCAAGCGCCCAUGUCAGCCGGAUCCUCCGCAAACAUGGAGAGGGAUCGAGGGCUGGGAACCUUGGAUCGACUGGGCAAAGGAGACAGCUCAAACACUAACACACUCAACAGGAGAACGACACCUGUGUAAUGACAAGGGGGAAGAGAUCGAAGGGGGAAACGGAUGAUUACAUGAACUGCAAGUUACGGUGGGGCGAGAAUAAAAAAUGCAACAGCGAGAAGGGCUGAGAAACAAGCAAAGUUUACUCGCAAGCGAACGAGAAGGCAAUACAUCCUCUUUUUUUCUUCUCCAUUUCUGUUUUUGAACAUGGUGACUCGAGUAACAGAAUUCCAUCCGCACUUCUUAUUGAUUCAUGUUGAAAUACUCGAUGUGUGUGAUGGUGAUCUUUCGGUUCUUCAAACUCUUUCAAUUCCAGUGCUUUAUCAUCAGGUUAUGCCUGUAACUUAUUCAGCAUUCCAAUAUAGUUGUUGUUUUUUAUUCUUAUGGUGUUGUUGUUAUUGCUGGGUUAACUUAUACAUUUUUACUGAGGUAUUUUAAUUUUUUUGCACAUCCAUUUAACUUAUUUCCUUUGAUAAACUCAAACUGUGAUUUUUUUCUCGCACAUGUUGACACUAUUCUUCAUGAUGUCAUUCAGUGUCAAGCAUGUGUGACUUUGCGAGAGCGUGACUUAUUAUUACAUUUUUUUAGUUUUUACAAAGACAAUAUUUAGAUCUGUGGAUUUUUUCAUGGUAAUCGUAAGUGUAUAAGUAGUUAAGUCUUCAUAUGAAUAUAUUUGAUUUAUCAUAUUAACAGUCUAAAUAUUGUUAUGAUGGAAUAACGAUAAUAAUGAACUGCUGUUGAGACACAUUUGGGACUGGAAGUAAAAAAGAGAACAAGAAAGAGACAGAAGCGAAAGGCAUUCAUUUCAGGGGAGCAAUAUCUAUACCUUAAAAACCUCACCAGAAAAGACAAAAAAAUCUAUUAAAUAUAUAGGCUAUUAUAAAUAUAUACAGUAUAUAUAAUUGUGUGUAUGUGUGUGUGUGGAACAACUUUUUUGGGUAAAAUAAAAUCUGAUAUAUUCUA